CCCCCAAACCCUUUCGCCUCUCCACGCAAUCCCAUUCCUCCCCUUUUAAUCCUCUCUCUCUCUCUCUCUCUCUGAUAUUUCUCUCUAACACCUUCCCCACCACACGCCCUCCUCCACCUCUCUUGCCGGCCGCCGCAACUGCUCAACUCUAAAGCGGCAGAGAUGGAUUCCUCUUCGUCGUCGCUAGAGAGUUGCCCGAGCUUCUCCCCUUCCUCUCCGGAGUACUCCGAUUCGACGCCGCGCGGAUCGGCUGCUGCCGCUUCCCCUUCCUCCUCUGCAAUCUCCCGAGCGCUCCACCUCGUCAAAUCCGAGAAUCCGGAGUCCAAGGUCGAGGCGGCGAGGGAAAUCCGCCGCCUCGCCAAGACCUCGCAGCGGUGCCGCCGCCUGCUCGCCCACGCCGUUCCGCACCUCGUCUCCAUGCUCCGGGUGCGCGACUCCGCCGACUGCCACGAGGCCGCCUUGCUCGCGCUGCUCAAUCUCGCCGUCAAAGACGAACGGAAUAAAAGCAGCAUUGUUGAAGCCGGAGCAUUAGAACCAAUAACAAACUUCCUCCAGUCAAGUGAUCCAAACUUGCAGGAGCACGCUACAGCAGCUCUCCUCACUCUUUCCGCCUCGACCUCAAACAAGCCGAUCAUAACCAACUCCGGCGCCAUCCCCUUGCUAGUCCAAAUCCUCCGCAACGGAAGUCCACAAGCCAAGAUGGAUUCGGUAAUGGCACUCUCCAACCUGUCAACACACUCAAACAACGCCUCCACAAUCCUCAAAACCCACCCCAUCCCUCCAAUACUCGCCCUCCUCAAAUCAUCCAAAACAUCCUCCAGAACAGCCGAGAAGUGCUGCGCCCUCAUCGAAUCCCUCAUGGAAUUCGACGACGGCCGAGCAGCACUAACCUCCGAGGAAGGCGGGAUUCUAGCAGUGGUCGAAGUGGUCGAGACCGGCUCCCUCUCAAGCCGAGAGCACGCUGUCGGGGCGCUACUGAGUCUCUGUCAGAGCGAUCGGUGUAGGUACAGAGAGCCGAUACUGAGAGAAGGCGUGAUUCCCGGACUCCUCGAGCUUACGGUGCAAGGGACGCCGAAAUCUCGGGUGAAAGCGCAGACACUGUUGAGGCUGCUGAGGGAGAGUCCGUACCCGAGGUCCGAGCUCCAGCCCGACACGCUGGAGAACAUCGUGUGCAAUAUAAUAUCUCAGAUAGACGGAGACGAGCAGUCCGGUAAGGCGAAGAAGAUGCUGGCGGAGAUGGUUCAGGUCAGCAUGGAACAGAGCCUGAGACAUUUGCAGAGGAGAGCUCUGGUAUGUACCCCUGGCGAUUUGGCUGAUUAGUAGUUAUCAGUUUUUACAGCUCUUCAAGUAAACUCUUGCGAGGGUUUUGUGUGUGUGAUGACACACAUGGGUUUUUUCUUUCUCUUCUUCCGGAUUGGUAAUGUGGAGGAACAAAGAAGGGGAAGAAGAGAACAGGAAAUGGUGAUGUGAUGUGAAUUGUGAAGUGGGGAGAUAUGCCAGUCCAGGCCGAUAAGUAGGUAUCAGGUGACUGGUAGUAAAGUAAAAGCAAAGCAGAAUACGUCAUUAUCAAUAAUCAAUCAUGUGGCUGUGCUGCUGUACAUUAUGGCUCUAGUUUUGUAAGUAAAAAAGAAUCAAUCCUGCCUUGUAAGAGAGGAACAGUUGUUGUACCAAAUGUUAUUAUUAUACAGAUUAAAACGAAAGAGUAAAGGAAUGGGCUUGUGCAUG